GCACCCCUGCCCAGGCCAGUGACCUUCGCCUGAGCCCUGGUUAAUUUUUUGCCCAGUCCAACACAGCAGUGGGGCACCGCCCCUUGCAGGCAUAUAAGCUGGCCCAGGGCUGCUCCGCUUGCUGCCUGGCCUGAGCCUCCCCCGCCUCCCUGCCCACCGGCACCAUGGCCAAGGGUUUCUACAUUUCCAAGUCCUUGGGCAUACUGGGCAUCCUGCUGGGCAUAGCAGCCGUGUGUACCAUCGUGGCCUUGUCCGUAGUGUACGCCCAGGAGAAGAACAGGAAUGCCGAGAGCUCCGCCCCAGUCCCCACGCUCCCUGACACCACAGCAACCACCUUGACCACCAGCAUAGAUGCAAGCAAACCUUGGAACCAGUACCGCCUGCCCAAGUCUCUGAUACCUGACUCCUACCAGGUGACCCUGAGACCGUACCUCACCCCCAAUGAGCAGGGCCUGUACAUCUUCGAGGGCUCCAGUACCGUCCUCUUCACCUGUAAUGAGGCCACAGAUGUCAUCAUCAUUCACAGCAAGAAGCUUGAGUACACCUUGGUGCAGGGCCACAGGGUAGUGCUGCGGGCCCUGGACGGCUCCCAGCCGCCUGGCAUCAUCAGGACAGAACUGGUGGAGCGCACUGAGUACCUGGUGGUGCAUCUGGAGAGCCCCCUGACAAAGGGAAAACAGUACGAGAUGGAGAGCAAAUUUAAGGGCGAGCUGGCUGAUGAUCUUGCUGGCUUCUACCGCAGCGAGUACGUGGAGAACGACGUCAAGAAAGUGGUGGCCACAACACAGAUGCAGGCUACAGAUGCCCGGAAAUCCUUUCCCUGCUUUGAUGAGCCGGCCAUGAAAGCCAAGUUCAACAUCACGCUCAUUCACCCCAACCAUCUUACUGCUCUGUCUAACAUGCUUCCCAAAGGUCCCAGCACCCCCUUGCAAGGAGACAGCAGCUGGCAUGUCACCGAGUUCCACACCACACCCAAGAUGUCCACAUACCUGCUGGCCUAUAUUGUCAGUGAGUUCCAGAAAGUGGAUUCGGAGUCACCCAAUAAAGUCUUGAUCCGGAUCUGGGCUCGGCCCAGUGCCAUUGCUCAGGGCCAUGGCAGUUAUGCCCUGAAUGUGACCGGCCCCAUCUUAAACUUCUUUGCUGGGCAUUAUAACACACCAUACCCUCUGGAGAAGUCUGACCAGAUCGGCUUGCCUGAUUUCAACGCUGGUGCCAUGGAGAACUGGGGGCUGGUGACCUACCGUGAGAAUUCCCUGCUCUUUGACCCUCAGAUCUCCUCCAUCAGUAACAAGGAGCGUGUGGUCACUGUGAUCGCUCAUGAGCUGGCCCAUCAGUGGUUUGGCAACCUGGUGACUGUGGAUUGGUGGAACGACCUGUGGCUAAACGAGGGCUUUGCCUCCUAUGUGGAGUACCUGGGUGCGGACUAUGCAGAGCCCACCUGGAAUCUGAAAGAUCUCAUAGUCCUAAAUGACGUGUACCGUGUGAUGGCUGUGGACUCUCUUGCCUCAUCUCACCCGUUGUCCACCCCUGCGGAGGAGAUCAACACUCCAGCCCAGAUCAGUGAGCUGUUUGAUAGCAUCACCUACAGCAAGGGAGCCUCGGUCAUCAGGAUGCUUUCCAGCUUUCUGACAGAAGACCUGUUCAAGAAAGGCCUUUCGUCUUAUCUCCACACCUUUGAGUACUCAAACACCAUCUAUUUGGACUUGUGGAGCCACCUGCAGAUGGCUGUGGACAACCAGACAGGAAUCCAGCUCCCUGCCCCCGUUCGUACCAUCAUGGACCGCUGGAUUCUCCAGAUGGGCUUUCCUGUUAUCACUGUGAACACUGUCACAGGGGACAUCUCCCAGGAGCACUUCCUCCUGGACCCUGAGUCCAAUGUCACCCGCCCCUCUGAGUUUAACUACCUGUGGAUUGUGCCCAUCUCAUCGAUCAGGAAUGGCAGGCAGCAAGAGGACUACUGGCUGAACGGCAUCCAGAGCACCCAGAGCCCACUGUUCAAAACAGCUGCGAACGAAUGGGUCCUGCUGAACCUCAACGUGACGGGUUACUACCAGGUGAACUACGACCCAGAAAACUGGAGGAAGAUUCAGACUCAGCUCCAGACAAACCUCUCGGUCAUUCCUGUCAUCAACCGGGCCCAGGUAAUCCACGACGCCUUCAACCUGGCCAGUGCCAAAAGGAUCCCUGUCACUAUGGCGCUGGACAACACCCUCUUCCUGUCUGGAGAGGUGGAGUACAUGCCCUGGGAAGCCGCCCUGAGCAGUCUGAACUACUUCAAGCUCAUGUUUGACCGCUCCGAGGUCUAUGGUCCCAUGAAGAAAUACAUGAGGAAGCAGGUCUUGCCCCUCUUCAACCACUUCCAAGGUCUCACCAGCAAUUGGACUGUGCGCCCGCCGACCCUGAUGGAGCAGUACAAUGAGGUCAAUGCCAUCAGCACUGCCUGCUCCAAUGGCCUUGACCAGUGUAAGCUCCUGGUUUCCUCACUUUUCAAGGAGUGGAUGAGAAACUCCAGUCAUAACCCGAUCCACCCCAAUCUGCGGUCCACCGUAUACUGCAAUGCCAUCGCCCAGGGUGGUGAGGAUGAAUGGAACUUUGCCUGGGACCAGUUCCGGAACGCCACCCUCGUGAAUGAGGCCGACAAACUUCGAUCAGCCCUUGCCUGCAGCAACCAGGUGUGGAUCCUGAACAGGUACCUGAGCUACACCCUGAACCCUGACUAUAUCCGGAAGCAGGAUGCCACCUCCACCAUCAGCAGUAUCGCCAGCAAUGUGGUUGGUCAAACUCUGGUCUGGGACUUCGUCCGGAGCAACUGGAAGAAGCUCUUUGAGGAUUAUGGUGGAGGCUCCUUCUCCUUCUCCAACCUCAUCCAGGCAGUAACCCGGCGCUUCUCCACCGAGUAUGAGCUACAGCAGCUGGAGCAGUUCAAGAUGGACAACAUGGACACAGGCUUCGGCUCAGGCACCCGGGCCCUGGAGCAGGCCCUGGAAAAGACGAAAGCGAACAUCAAGUGGGUAAAGGAGAACAAGGAGGCAGUGCUCCAGUGGUUCACAGCGAACAGCCAGUAGCUCCUGGUCCUUCACACCACCCGGCCCCUUGUAAUGCCUACAACUGUGUGUCUCAGCAGGGCCUCCAUUCUCAGAGCCUCAGGCACCAGUGUCCUGGCCUCAAGGACAAAGUCUCUGGCCCAUUGGGUCAGUCUAGUUCCUAAUAGCCAGGAUGUCGUCUGGGCACCUCUCAGCCCCUGCCCCUCAUGCUGACCCUGUCCCAGGCCCAGCACAGUACCUGUUGCUCAGGGCCCUGGGGCUGAUCUCAGGAAAGCCAGCUCUGGGGUCAGAUAAACGUUAAGAAUUCAGACACAAGACAACAGACCUCCUGGAGGCAGCUGGCCCUGCACACCUCACCUUCCCACCAAGACCCCAAACUUUAGGAAUCAAGAGGGUACCAGAUCUAUAUAUUUUUUUUUCUAAGAGAAACUGUAAAUAAAGGAUUUCUAAAUGA